CAGGUGCAAGUUUUUUAAGGUUAUGGGCACGAAUAUGGCGUACUCUAGGUACAUCUGACCAGUAAGAAACCAUCCAGCAUCGAAGGACCAGCUGACAGCUGGAAAAAUUAUUUUUUUUUUUUUGAUUGAUACUAGUGGGCGUGUUCGAAAGUUAUUCGAAAUUGGUUUGGACAAAGAGGAUAUAUUGCUGUUUGGUGAAGGUUUUUUGUAAUUUGGAAUUUGGAUACUCGGGUCCAGUAGAAAUGAAUGAUUGAUGAAGUGUGGUGACUUCAAUGCUGCGUUGAGAUGAAAACUACACUUUGAAAUUGGAAUUUUUGGAAAGUGGGUAUGACAAAGAUGUUGAAACCAUGAGUCUCAUGAAACGGGGAAUGAUAUUCAUCACCUUCUUUGGGUCAUGCCUUGCCAUGGCCCUAACAAUAGUCAGCUUAGGAACAAAAUUCUGGAUCACCUCUAGGGCAAAGAGAACAUCAAAUCCACUAGAGAGUGAUGGAAUCAUAAAUUUUGGCCUUUUCGAUGGAAAAAAAGAACUAAAUGUGGCCUAUGGAUGGCGAUCCUAUGACAUAGAUGUGUUACACCUUCUGAAAUUUGAGCCAGAAUUCAUGAACUACUCUAUUUGGUUAGGAACCGUGGUAACAGUUUGUGGGAGUCUUGUAUUUUCAGCACUUGGAGCUGUUUUCACCAUUAUUACUGUUUCUAGAAGAUCCAAAUACACCAAAGGGUCGGUUAAACUUUAUCUAUGGAACUUCUUGGCUUUGCUAUCACAAAUAGGCGCAAUCAUUCUUUGGCUGGUCCAGUUUUAUAUGAAGCUGCAGUACAACGUUUUAUCAAGGGAAGACAAAGACAACAUGUGGUCAUCUGAAGGAUUGUCUGAACUAGGUUACUCAUUUUGGUGUGUUACUGGUGCAGCUGCCGCAACUUUAUGUAAUAUUUUCAUUAUAUGCAUUGCAAACAGUGAUGACGAUGUCGAGCAAGUAAUAUCAGUAGUAGAAGAGAAAACUAACGGAGCAAUAAUGCUUUAUUAACCCCACAUCAACCAAUACCUAUUGUUUAUCGGAAAAAUGACUGAAAUAUUGUUUAUAUAUUUAUACCAAUUUUUAUAUCUUAUUAACAUUAUUUAUUAUAAUUUUAAGAACUUUAAUGAUUAAAUCAUAUUAAAAGAA